GGUAGUGACGUCAUGGGUAAACAGGUUCUGUAGCCGUGGCAGCGGCCGUGGCAGGCUGACUGGGUACCGGCUGCCGCUGACCCGGGAGAAGCUGCCUGUCUACAUCAGCCUAGGCUGCAGCGCGCUGCCGCCGCGGGGCCGGCAGCUGAACUAUGUGUCUUCAGGGCGGGCACCGUGUUGCAUUCAUCUUUGUACCCCCAGCAUCUAGCAGUGUUGGCAUGUAGUAGGCACUCAAGAAAUGUGUGUUGAAUGAACGAUGCCUGUGACAAGCAAGCGGACUUUAUUCUUUCCUGACCCUUGCUCCUAUGACACACCUCCUCCUGACUGCCACUGUCACUCCUUCAGAGCAGAACUCCUCUAGGAAGUCUGGAUGGGAAACAGCCAUGGCCAAGGACAUCCUGGGUGAAGCAGGGCUGCACUUUGAUGAACUGAAUAAGCUGCGGGUGUUGGACCCAGAGGUUACCCAGCAGACCAUAGAGCUGAAGGAAGAGUGCAAAGACUUUGUGGACAAAAUUGGCCAGUUUCAGAAAAUAGUUGGUGGUUUAAUUGAGCUUGUUGAUCAACUUGCAAAAGAAGCAGAAAAUGAAAAGAUGAAGGCCAUCGGUGCUCGGAACUUGCUCAAAUCUAUAGCAAAGCAGAGAGAAGCUCAACAGCAGCAACUUCAAGCACUAAUAGCAGAAAAGAAAAUGCAGCUAGAAAGGUAUCGGGUUGAAUAUGAAGCUUUGUGUAAAGUAGAAGCAGAACAAAAUGAAUUUAUUGACCAAUUUAUUUUUCAGAAAUGAACUGAAAAUUUCACUUUUAUAGUAGGAAGGCAAAACAAAAAAAGCCCCUCAAAACCAAAAAAACCUCUGUAGCAUUCCAGCGGCUUGACCAAUGACCUGUCACAAGAGGUGGCGUGUAAGGAACACAGCCCCCUGAAGACAGCACUACAAGUCUGGGGGAGCCAGUUUUAAACAUCAGUGCACAGCUGCUGCUGGUGGCCCUGCAGUGUACGUUCUCACUUCUUAUGCUUAAUUGGAACUAAGCAGUUUGUAAACUUUCAUCCUUUUUUUGUAAAUUCACAAAACUUUGGAAGGAGAAUACAUUUUUGUUUUCAAAUGG